UUUUCCGAUCCAAUAACAUACGAUCGGUAUUACGAAUUAAAAUCGUAGCACGUUAUAACGUAUCGUUAUGGCUUGUCAAAAUCUACGUUUUCGAAGUGUGAAAAAGAAGGAAGAAAUACAGAUUUUCGACGAGAAAACCGAGGCUAGACUCAAACGUGAGAGAUCUAACGUAUUGAGAGGAUUAUUAACCUUAAAAAAAUAUGAGCGAAUUCGUACUGAGGAAUGUUCGAAAUUGGCUCAAGAAAAGUAUGAAGAUAAAAAAGAAGAUAAAGAUUACGCGUGUACGAAAUUAUCUAUAUUAAAACGAAUGCUACGUUUGAAAAUACAAAGUAUACAAAACGAACGUUUUAAGAAAUGUUCUCAAAAAAAAUUCGUCGUUUCCUUCAUGCGACUCAAGAACGAACUUUUGAAUCAACGAUUGGAUUAUUUGUGUCAUUUGGAAGAAAGAAAAAAGAUACGGGAACACGAUCGUUCGAAAUUUGUUAACAGAUUAUUACGUUUAAGAGGAAUAGGAAGAAAGAAAAAUUUGCUAGGAAGAAACGAACUAUCGAGAUUAUUGAAAAAAUUAGUCGAGAAAUGAACGGACGUUGUAUAAAGUUAAUAAAAAGAAUACGAAGCGUUCGAUCGUUCGAUGAGGAAGAAUGUCCUAAUAUUUAUUUCGAAAAAUAUAUCGAAUCUCGCGAGUAUAAAAUUCAAAAUAAAGAAAAGGAACGAACGGAAAGUAUAACUGUACUUAACAAAGAGAUAACAACGACUGAGAAGAACAAUGAAAUAAGUACAAAAGUUGAAGAAAAAGAUUUGUCAACGAAAUCGAAAGAAAAAGUUACUACGGUGAAGGAAGGCUUGACCGUCGUCCAUUUUGAAAAAAAGAAACAUUUACUAUUAGACGAUGAUGAAUUUCCAAUUGAUAAUUGUUUUUAUGCGAAUCCUGAUAAAAUCGAAUUUAAAGUAACAUUUGUAUACAAUUUUUUUUUUAAUCUCUUUUAUUUCUUUUUUUUUCUCUCUCUCUCUCUCUCUCUCUCUCUCUCUCUCUCUCUCUCUCUCUCUCUCUCUCUCUCUCUCUCUCUCUUUCGUUCUCUAAAUGUUUACGAUCAAUUAUAAUUUUAUAUACAUUGUUUUAGGACUUUCAAAUUGGUAAAACGUAUUGUCGAAAAGUUUGUAUUUUUAACAAGUCUUCUAAAUGGGCUUAUAUAAGAUACCAUAAGAUCGAAACGAAAAUUUGGGAACCAGUUAUUGAAGUGAACAUGUAUUCUGCUGCUAAACUAAAGCCCGGCUUGCAUGUAAAAAUAAAUAUAAAAUUUUUGCCGAUUCACGAAGAAGAAGUGAUCGCUAUGAUACACUUUUUAACAUUUGGACCUGACAAUCCAACGACAUAUCAUCGUUUUUCUAUACCGAUUCAUUGCUUACCUGAAAUUCCCAUACCCAUAAUCAAUCCGCAAGAGAUUAGAUUUGUUUCUUUACCGAUUUGGCAAUUUACCGAUUCGAAAUUGAACGAAAAAAUUCUUACGAUUUCUAACGAAGGGAAAAAAUUAUUUACGCUUUUGAUCGAAAAUAAAGAUCGUAAAUAUAAUUAUUUCGUGUGGAGUUUCGAGAACGGUGAAAUUCAAAGUGUGGAAUCGAGCGACGAAGAUAUUUCAAUGUUAUUUAACGAAGAUAGGUUGAUCGACGAUAACGAAAACGAUAGGAAGAAAAACAACAUGAGUUUUUCUAUGAUCGAUAUACCAGCUGAUUUUUCAUGUCGUCUGAGAAUACGAUUUUAUCCGAAAUACGUCGGAUUUCAUUUCGAAAAUCUUCAAUUACGUUUCAAAAUCAACAAAGAAAUAUUUGACAGGCGUGUACGCGAUAAAGGAUAUAUUCUAUCGAGUUUAUAUAUCGGAUACAAUUUUUUUAUACGUAUAUAUAACAUCGUUGAAUAUUUCAAUGAUUUACGCAGGAUGUAUCAAUGUGGGCAGAAGCAACAGGUCUACAGAUCCAUUUAGAUCCAUCUUAUAUAGAUCUAGGGAUUGUCGUGAUGGAUUUUGGAAUAUAUCAACAGAACUUUAACAUUAUCAAUACUGGGCGAUCGAGCAUCGAAGUGUCGAUGAGUAUACCAAGAUCUCUUAAAAAUCAAAUAUUUUUAUAUCCACGAUCGACUUUAAUCCAGCCUGAAUCGAUUAACACAAUCAGUGUUAGAUUUAUUCCUGAAUCUAAUAUAAUAAAAAAAUCGAGAAGAUACUAUAAUUCUAUAUCUAACGUAUUGGAAGUGCCAAUACAUGUAAAAUCAAUGUCAGCGGACGCCAUUAAUGCAUCACCAUUGAUUUUGAAAGUUCUCAGUACGCUUACAACUUGUCAUGCUUUGAUAUUAGAACCGAGUCACGUAGAGUUAGGUCGAGUGUUUACUCACGAAUCAGUACUCGCAGAGUUGACACUGACAAACGUUUCCCUGCUAGUUCAAGAAUACGGUUUUGUAAAUUUACCAUCAUUCAUGGAGAUACAGCCGAACUAUGGUUUUGGUAAAAUCUUACCUGGCGAGAGUAUACCCCUUCAUCUGAUUUAUUCACCAUUUUCAAUAGACAUUCCUGGAAAUGAAUUAGGUGUCAAUGGUUUGGAGGGAGAACGAAGUUUUCUUGUACAAGUUGUGACGAUCACCGAGCUCGCUGGACGUGGGAAAGAAUUGGAGACUGACAAGCUGAAAAAUCCUUACGUUAGAAAAUCAAAACAAUUUCGGAUGGGUUCGGGAUUACCAUUUAAAACAAAAAUCGUCGAUGGAAAUGAAUGUCGAAUGUUACGGAAGAAAAACUUGAAGGAUCUGAAAAAAGAAUUUCAUCGUCGUUGUGAUAUCACUGAAGACAUUAAUGAUGAAUAUGAACAAACUUCGUUUAAAGAAGAAAAUACAUCUAGUGCAGUUUCUAAGCUCGAUCGUAAAAUGGACAAGAGAAUUGAGAAAAAUGUGAUCAAAGUCUCGGUCUAUAUCGUCGAUACAUAUUGCGAAUUGAGCGAACAAAUUUUAGAAUUUCCAGGGACUCCUUGUGGUUGCUUUUCCAUAAUCAGCAUCGAGUUGCGGGCCUUCAACAUGGCAUCUUAUCCAAAUUGCAGUUGUAAUGUAUUGAAGAAGGAUCAAUCGAAAGAGUUUACAGCUCGUUACGAAUUUAGGUGUUCGUCCCGUCAAAUGAGCAUCGUCCCAGCGAGUGGACGUUUACGAAGUAACGAUCUCGUCGUGAUCAAAUUUAUUUUCGAGCCAAAGUUAUCGAAAUAUGCCGUAACGAAGAGAACUCAAGAGUUGAAGGCUUCUAUGAUUGCGAAGGAAUUGGAAACGGAAAAGUUGACGAACAUUGAAAAAAAAUCUACGAGAAAAGAAAAAUUGCCUGCUAAGACGCGUAGGCAGAAACGAUCAAAGGACAACGAAGUAGAAGAAACCGAUCGAACGAAGAAGGAGAAAGAAAACUUAAAAAUCUCAAGCAACGAUUUGUUUUUAGGAGAAUGCGAUCUUUUGGAAAAUUUCGAGGCAUACUCAACAACGAUAGACGUCGCCUGUUCGAUAGAAAUCGAAACGGCAGACGGUAUUUCAAGAGAAGAAACUCUCUUUGCUAAACUUUAUUGUCCUGUAAUCAAACCGGCUAUAAUCAUUUUGAAUACUACACGUGAAAUAAGUUUCGAACCAACGAUCAUCGGCUCGUCGUCGAGGAAGUUUUUAUCAGUGAAAAAUAUCUCCGACAGAGAGGUAAAAGUACGGGUGACUUUGCUCAAUCCAUUGGGACCAUUUUUUAUGCCACCUGGGAAAACUCUUGAAAUUGGAUCGGUUUUAACACUUCCGAUCACUUAUCGGCCAACUGAGGAGGAUCCUUCACGAGUACAGGAGUUCUUUGAAGUUGCCGCUGUCGGAACUAGAACGUCAUGGUUAAUGGCCGUCUCAGGAGAGGCAGUAACACCAUCCUGAAUUAUCCGUAUAAAUUAUUUACAACUUAGACGACCGUCGGUAUAAGAGAAUUUAUUAUCUCACGUCGAUAACGUAGAACGCGAUGUCGCUCUGUCGUUCAAGUGAAUUUCUAUUUUACCGACAUUGAUCCUUUAGAUACUUAUAUUUAUCUCACGUAUACUGGUCUCCUGUUAUGUAAAAUUCAAUAAUGCAAUUUAAACUAAACGCACCAUAUUCCUCGUUAAUUAUAGUCGAGAGAAAUUAACAAUGGACGUGUAUCCAUUACCUUUAACGAUAUUUUAUACUCUCGAGUAAGUCGGAAUACAAAUUACGGAAACAAGAGACAUGUGUUUUUUCCGUAAUCUAAUUAGUUCCAGUCGACAAGAAACGCCAAGGGAAUUAAUUACUCGCAGCAAUCAAGUACAAAGUGACACGUUAUAUACGGGUUAAUCGAGGCGGUUAACAAACGACGAAGUUCAGAGUGGAAUUAGUUUCUAAUGCGACGUAUAUUCGAUCGACUAUCCGUUUUCAAAAGCUAAUCGUCACAGACGUUUAAAUUUAAAGAUGAAUUUAUUUAGGAUAACUGUAUCGAAUAUAAAAUAUGUGCCUAAUAUGAGAUCAAGGAUUG